GUCUUUCUCUCUCUGGCGUUGACAGUAGUUGUUCAUUCAUUAAUUUUCUCCGUGAGGUAGUUGCGUAUCUACCAGUUCUUCGAUGAAGCAGUCGUCUGGGCCCCACCCUACCGCUAUGUUCGAGGUAAAUACAUUCACGCCGCACCAGACCGGAGCGUUCUUUUCCUGGCUUGUCACGGUCAUCCAUCGGGGGCCUUGCGACGUCCUCGUCCACCCGAAUAUAAAUGAUUUAUACAGAGAGCAUACAGAGUUGGCGACAUGGAUUGAGAGGAGAUGGCCCUUGGAUGAAGACCGUCUGAAGAAUAGGACGAGGAAGUCGUAUAUUUGAAUUUUGAGCGUCUUCCUGUGCGGAAUCGUUAUCCUGUGUACAGGAUGAUCUAUAAGUCGGGUGGAGUAGAUUAACGCAAGUAUGUAUGUAUACUGUUUUAUGUAUUUUGCUACAAAUUCCGAUUCCGGAAUGGUCAAUAGAUCCGAACCGAUUCGGAUUCCGA